AUGAGAACUUUUCAUGUAUGCCAAAUUUUCUACCUCCUGUUCCUAUUAGUAGUAUCCCAGCUUUGUUCAGUCUCAUCAUGGAAAAAGGAUGAGUUUAGAAACUGUAAUCAAACACCAUUCUGCAAACGAGCUCGAUCCCGCAAACCUGGCUAUUGCUCUCUCAUCGCAACCGAUGUUUCCAUCUCCGAUGGUGAUCUCACCGCAAAACUCAUCCCAAGAAAUCCCUUUCAAGAAAGUCUUGAGAAUGAAGAAAGUUCAGAGAAAACUAAGCCAUUGAUUGUCAGUUUAUCAGCAUACCAAGAUGGUAUAUUGAGGCUAAAGAUCGACGAAGACCCAAGUUUGGAUCCUCCGAAGAAGAGAUUCGAAGUUCCCGAUGUGGUAAUGGACGAAUUCUUGAACAAGAAACUAUGGUUACAGAGGGUUUCGGAAGAGAAAAUUGGUGAUGAUUCGGGGUUUUCCUCGGUAGUUUAUUUAUCAGAUGGGUACGAGGCAGUUCUUAGGCCUGACCCGUUUGAGGUUUUUGUGAGAGAAAAAGGAGGUAAGAGAGUAUUGUCAUUGAAUUCACAUGGGUUAUUUGAUUUCCAACAAUUGAGGAUGAAAAAGGAGGGGGAAGAUUGGGAGGAGAAGUUUAGAGGGCAUACUGAUUCCAGGCCUUAUGGGCCUCAAUCUGUUAGUUUUGAUGUCUCAUUUUAUGGAGCGGAUUUCGUUUAUGGAAUUCCUGAACAUGCGACUAGUCUUGCUUUGAAGCCCACUAGAGGACCUGGAGUUGAUGAAUCUGAGCCAUAUCGGCUAUUUAAUUUGGAUGUGUUUGAGUACGUCCAUGAGUCACCUUUUGGGCUAUAUGGGUCAAUACCAUUAAUGAUUUCACAUGGAAAAUCUCGAGGGACUUCUGGGUUUUUCUGGUUGAAUGCUGCUGAAAUGCAGAUUGAUGUUCUUGGGUCUGGUUGGAAUGUUGAGUCUUUGAUUUCGCUGCCUUCAGAUCAGAACAGGAUUGAUACUUUGUGGAUGAGUGAGGCUGGUGUUGUUGAUAGUUUCUUUUUUGUGGGUCCUGGGCCAAAGGAUGUUGUUAGGCAGUACACCAGUGUGACUGGAACACCGGCAUUGCCUCAGAUAUUCGCCACAGCUUAUCACCAAUGUAGAUGGAAUUAUAGGGAUGAGGAGGAUGUCCAAAAUGUAGAUUCAAAAUUUGAUGAACACGAUAUUCCAUAUGAUGUGUUGUGGCUAGAUAUUGAGCACACAGAUGGGAAGAAGUACUUUACAUGGGAUAGGGUGCUAUUUCCUAAUCCAGAUGAGAUGCAGAAGAAGUUGGCUGAGAAGGGCAGGCGUAUGGUUACUAUUGUUGAUCCCCAUAUAAAGCGGGAUGAUUCUUAUCACAUACAUGAGGAGGCUUCUGAGAAGGGGUAUUAUGUCAGGGAUGCAACUGGUAAGGAUUAUGAUGGGUGGUGCUGGCCUGGAUCCUCGUCAUACCUUGACAUGUUAAAUCCAGAGAUUAGAUCAUGGUGGGCUACAAAGUUCUCUUACGAGAAUUAUGUUGGUUCAACUCCUUCCUUGUACAUCUGGAAUGACAUGAAUGAACCUUCUGUAUUUAAUGGCCCAGAG